AAUUUUGUCCUUUCUUUUCUUUUGGUUUUGUUAGAGAUGAUCCAACCUAAAAUAAUUGUUGAGUCCCAGUCAGUUAAUAUUUUUGUCGUAAAUUUAAUUAAUUAGUUCGACCUGAGUUAGUUCUUCUCUCCACUCGCUUUCCAUCCACGAGGUCAUUGCUGCUAUGAUUCGGGGUCAUCAAAUGAAGAAGAGGAAACCGAGGACCACUCAGCAUCGUAAAAAACAAGUGACCCUUUAUACUAUGAUGAGAACAUUGGACAAAGUCGAAAACUCCAUAGCACAUUCAAUUUUGGAAUUAGAAAGUGAAGAAGAUGAAAGUAGCGAUUCUUCAGACUCAGGUGAAGACAACCGUCUCCCACGCCUUCGAGGUCUAGGAGAUGUAGACCAAUCCUGUUCCAAUCUGUCUAUUUCCUUCCCCUUCACCUCUCCAUUUUCCGACUCCUACCUCCUAAACCAUUCGAACUGUCCCUUGAGGAGAUCAUCAUAUUCCAGCUCACACGUUCUCUCACGCCUUAGAGUCUUCAAUCAGUCCUGCUUCCCAUUAUCAAUAUCAAGCGACUCGGACUUUUGCAAGGAAAGCGAAUCCUCGUCAAGCCUCGUUGACCGAAAAUUGUACGAGAAAGAGAUCAGACGUUGUAUCAAGAUAUUAGCGAGAGAGUCAAAGAGGAUAAAUAGUGGCAAUUCGCUAAAGAGGCAUCGCAGAACGACGCACAACUUGCAUUCUUACGCGGGAUCAAGAUCUAGUUCUUGUCUCGAAAAUUGGAGCUUGCAAGACCUCUGCAUGGAUCAGCACCAGUCGAUAGAGGUGUUGUCCUCCAAGUCCUGCGUUGUUAUAAAGAAAAAUUCGAGAACGUCGAUUGCCCCUAAGAAAGUAGAGGAAAAAGAUGUUGCGGUCGCUACGGAUUUUCCCCCUCAACACAACUCGGAGAAACAGGGGGACUCCCAAAAUGAGGUGGAACAGUCUGAAUCAGUACCCAAAAAACCCCAAAAAAAACUCAUCUUGACGUCAGUCUCCGAGUUCAACGUACCAGAGAUCGUAGAGGCCUGUAAACGUAUUGCCAGUGAGAUCAUUCCAAGAUCCAGCAGCCCACCCAAAUGGCCGAUAUAUUGCCCGCUAUCUCGCGUUAUAGAUAUCCUGUCUUGGAUUGUGAUGAGCACUGCCAAGGGUGUCUGGAAUUUGCGGGCCAGAGUAUCUCAGCCGAAUGUAAGUGCUGUUCUCUCAGGAUUAUCGCAAGAGGCGGAGCUAAAGACUGUGUCUCCCAAAGUAAAUUCGUGCUGUUCUUGUAAUUGUGUCGGAUCAGUCUUGCCCCAACUGAUUUCAAAACUGGAAACUCUGGAUUCAAAUAUUCAGCAACUCAAAACACUUUUAGUGCAGAACCAUCAGAAUUCAUUGUACAACUUCCAAGGGACAUCCACACCGCUUCCUCCGCCACCACCCCCUCCUCCGCCACCCCCGCCCCUCCCUGGCGGGCAAAUGACACCCACAUGGGAGCAGCUCAAGGGAGGAGAUAAGAAAGAGGCGGACAAGAAGAGUGAUGGAAUAAGGAGGCCUCCUAUUACGGUCGAAGAUCUCAGGGCUGUGACGUUGCGCAAAACCCCGCAGCAAAGUAAAGAGCGAAAACUAAAUGUAGACCCUCGCUGCCCAGUUGUUAAUUUAGAAAUGCUGCGUUCCGUGAAGUUACGGUCGAGACGCAGGCUAAAUAGCAGCGGAAGUCAAAGUUUGAAAUCCAUCACAACCAAAUCUUCCAGAGAAAGAAGUGACACAGUUAGCCGAAGUUUGAACACAGGAAGCGACUACGGAGAUGAUAGUCUUCAAAAAAGAACAGCGUGUAAAGCCGAUUCCUCCUCUGGGUGACCGCACAUACCCUCAUGGGCCAGUUUUUGCCACGACAGCACGAAUUUUUCAUCGGACGGAUACGCUCAUCUCUUGUUGGAUGGGGAAAAUCAAAUACGGGAUCAAAUGGAAUACUGUCCCCCCUCUGAAACUGCCUCCCUCAAGGAGCGACUCGAUUAUUACGACACAUUUGAAACGAGUUUGUAUAUAUAUUCUUUUUCAUACGAUUGUAGUAUUGAAUCUCGACCUGAAAUCAUCUCACCAAAUAAUUUACGUUGUGAGAGUCAAUUUAUAUUUUACUACAACGAGCACUCUGAUUCAAAUAUCGCUAGAGGUUUCACAAUCGCAAGAUAUAAAUACGUCUUUUUUUAAUACAAAAAGUGCAACUUCGCGGUAUUUUUCUAGAGAACAACGAUAUACAUCAAGACACCAAAAACCAGCAUAAACAUGUAAAUAUUAAUUUUGAUUUUGAGGGCAAUGAUGAAGCACUCCUAGGAAAAACAAUUUUUCUUUUUUUUGUUUUUUUUUUAAUUAAUUAAUUUGCUAGUCACAUUCUCACUUCCAAGUCAAAUGCGUCGAAACAUUCAAAUAAAGCAUGCAAAAAUAAUGAGGGUCUGAAUUGAAGCCGCCGGUUUUUCAGAGCUUGAAAUUGCUGAAUUGUCUCUAUGGAAAUAUAGUGACCUCAUGGUUGCAUUUUUCAGCAUACCUAUUAUCUUUGAAAAAAAUUGCGUUUUGCGUCGCAAUGACAUUGUAGAAAACGGCCACUGUAUGCAAAAAGCUUAAGAGUAGCUAAAAUAUUAAAAACAAGAAAGUUUAAUUUGGAGCAUCUCUGUAGCAUAAGAGGUGUGUUCGUCUAAUUUUUAUGGGCUUAAGUAAUAAGUGAUUGUAAAAAGUAUUCCAUUCAAUAAAUGUGUUCAAUUAUUUUCGCCAUCA